AUGUCCACCUCCUUCGAUCCCCCGCCCUCGAGCACCAGCCUCCUCCUUUGGGAAAGCGCCUCCCUCGCUGCCCUCAAAGCGAAGCAACACCGCAAAUGGGUCCUCCCAGCCGUAUUCAUCACAGCCGCCAUCAUCCUCGUCCUCGCUACGAUUUGGAUUAUGUGGAAGGGUUGGCCUUGUCGCAGGAAGAAACCGUCGAAAGGGAACUCGGAAGCGGAGAAGGGGGGUGUGGGAGGAGGGUGGGGAGACGAGGCGCCUAGGCCGGUGGAUAUUGAAGCGUUGAGAGAUGGUGGGGAAAGGGUCGACGAGAGUCGGAGACGGAGAGAAUUGCAGAGGGCUAGGGAGAAGGAGAGGAGAAGGAGCGAGAGGAGGAGUAGGAAGGGGAAGGAGCGCGACGUUCCAGUGGAGAAGGAGUAUGAGUUGAGGAGAAAGGACGGCGACGUUUUGGAUCAGUCGGAGCCGGAGACAGAGAUCGAUCCGUUCAAGAGUCGUUCGGACGUGCGAGUUAACGAGGGAGAAGAGGGUAAAGCUGGAGAGCGUGGCGACAGGAAUCUGGGGUUUGAGUCAAUGAGUAACGGGAGUCGGAGUAGGCGCCCGAGCUUGAGUGCAUCUCGAUCUUCCAGUCCUGACGGUCGGUCAGGAGGGUCUGCAGCCCAUGGAGAUACACAGCGCUCGUGA